AUGUCCGUGCGGCGCCGCGUGCUGUGUGUGCUGACCGUUGCGCUGUGCUGCUACUGUGGGUGUGUGGCUGCCGCCGCUGCGCCGAAAGAUGCAAUCGCUGAGGGCGGAGAUGGGGGACGUGGCAAAGAACUGCUGGACCGAGCGGAGGCGGCUUAUGAACGCACCGCGGAGUCGGCGAAGGCUGCCUUCCAGGCGGCUCAAGAGGCCAUCACCGUCAUUGUGUCAGCGGAGCUGGAGCGAGUGCGGGCCUUCCAUGCGGUGAAGGAGGCGGCGGACGAGAAGAAUGCGCUCGAGGCUGCAUUGUAUCCGCGGAACGGGCCUGCUUCGACGGACGCAACUGAGCAGGCAAAGCUGAGAAGGGCCGAAGAACGUGUGAAGGAGUUGACGAGGCACGCCACAGCGGCGGGCGAUACGGCCCAGCGCGCCAUGCAUGCAGGCAAAGUGUCCCUUGAUGCCGUGAGGAGGACACACUCACACGCCGAGAACAACCGCAUCAGGGUUGAGGUCUUGAAGCACCAACUGAAAACUGGGGCGGGGAGCACCACCAGCGGUGCGAAGGAGAUGAAGGAGUCUGCGGAGUACGCGGAGUGGGCGCAAGGCUCGGCCGCUGAAGCCCUUCAGGAGGCUGAGAGGCUGCUGUCAGAGGCGAAGCAGGGCCUCCCCGCUGAGAUCCGGGACGCGUUGGCUGAGGAGAGUGCCGUGAGGGUCGCGGAGCGCAGCGGCUUGCAGGAGAGGCCGCAGUGUCCCGCGAAGGGGCGCAGCUGUGGAGCGGCGGACGGUGCGGCGGCAGAGCUCCCAGCGGAGAAGGCGGUGAUGCCAGAAGAGGCAGAGGCAGUGAAGCUUCUUACAGAGGCAAAGGAUCAUGCGUCGACGGCAGAAAAGAACAUGAAUGUCGCACAACAGCACGCCGGUGGUUCAGAGUCUGCUACUGCUGAGGCUAGUUCUGGAGACGCUGCAGAUGCCGUGCAGUUGUCGACGACAUCCACCGCAGGUGAGGCGGGGGCUGCAAAGCAGGGCGCUGAUGCUACUGGACUGAGCGGAGAUCUGUCUGGAGUGAACGGCGUGACUCCUGACGCUGUGAAGGUGACUGGGCCGGACGGCAGUGGGAGCCCUGCGUGGGUGCGUGGGCCGUUGCUGCUGCUGUGGUUGGGUGUCGUGGCUUCUCUGGCCGUGUGCUGA